CUUCUCUCUCUCCCCUCCCCCUCAGCCGCGGCUCAUCCUCCAGGGCGGAGAGAGGUGGCAUUUGAGUCCUCCGGUAUCCCAGCAGGCAGUGCAGCCUAGAGACGCUGACAAAGGAGCGAAGGAGCAGUCGCUGCUGCUUUCCAAGGAGCCGGUGUUGCCGAGAUUGCCAAAAUGUUUGGAGUUUUUCACUGAAACUAAGAAAAAUCCAAAAUAAGAUUGGAGACUGUAAAAACAGAAGCUGCAGCAAGGGGGAUUCAGUGCCAAUGCAUCAACAAAAAAGACAACCAGAGUUAGUGGAAGGAAAUCUUCCUGUUUUCGUGUUUCCCACGGAGCUAAUAUUUUAUGCAGAUGAUCAGUCAACACAUAAGCAAGUGUUGACUCUGUAUAACCCCUACGAGUUUGCCUUAAAGUUCAAAGUUUUGUGUACUACUCCAAAUAAGUAUGUUGUCGUUGAUGCUGCAGGUGCAGUAAAGCCUCAGUGUUGUGUGGAUAUUGUGAUUCGUCAUAGAGAUGUUCGAUCCUGUCACUAUGGUGUAGUAGACAAAUUCCGCCUCCAAGUUUCUGAGCAAAGCCAGAGGAAAGCUUUGGGAAGGAAAGAGGUGGUUGCUACUCUCCUCCCAUCUGCAAAAGAACAACAAAAGGAAGAAGAGGAAAAAAGAAUAAAGGAACAUUUAAGUGAAAGUUUAUUUUUUGAGCAGCCGUUUCAACCAGAGAACAGGGCUGUCUCCUCAGGACCUAGUUUACUAACUGUCUUCCUGGGAGUGGUGUGCAUUGCGGCCCUGAUGCUGCCUACGCUGGGGGAUGUGGAAUCGCUGGUGCCUCUCUACCUCCAAUUAAGUGUGAAUCAAAAAUUAGUGGCUGCUUAUAUCUUAGGUCUUAUUACAAUGGCUAUACUUAGAACAUGAGCAAGUAUUUCAGCUGUCUUCUGAAGGAAAUUUAUCUUGAAAAUAUGAAUGUGGACUGCCUUUAAUCUCUUUCACUCCAUUAACAUGCUACAAACUAUUAAAUGAUUUCAAAUGAUUGCAAAUGUGUAAUAUAUUUUAAAUUACUCUAUAAUUUUAUUUGAAGGACUCCAGCACAUUGUGUUACAGACAGCAAGGAUGCUUCUGAGUGAUAACUAGGAAAUUAUUUGAAGAAAUUCUUUUUAUAUCUAUAUCUGUCCUAUGAAAGACUUUAAUUAAAGCAUUUGUUAUUUUCUCAUCGUUUUCCAAUUUACUUUGAUUAUUAAGGGUCAUGUGUUCUUCAAAGUUAAAGGCCUAAAAGAACAAACUGACCAGCCUAAGAAUAAAAUUACAUUUAUUUCCUACCUAAGAACAUCAAUGUUACUAUGUAAAUUAUACCUUGUCCUCUAUCAUUAUAAACAGUUGCCAUGGUGUUUCUAAAAUAAGAGUUUUAUAGUUAAUGUGUAGAGGAUUAAAAAAAGGUACUAAGGGAUCAUGCUUAUCCUAGGAUCUCACAGAAGACAAGACAUAUUUCAUUCAUGUUGUGAACUACAGAAUGGGUUGUGGUCCAGACACCAAGCAUAGGGGUUUUUUAAAAAACCUAAUAGAAGUAGAGUGGCCUAUUUGGUCUAAGAGUUCUAAAGGAAGGUAGGCAUUUGUCGAGUUAGUUGGUUUACCCUGGCUUUACCUCUGGUUGAUGCUUUAUGUUAAUAGGGGGAAAAUCCCUUUAUCUUUUCUCCCAAGCUCCUUGCCUGCCUGACUGUAAGUGACUUGCCCAGACUGGGAUUACCAGAUACCAGGUGAUUUAUGUAGAGAUGAUUUUUCACCUUUAAACUGUAAGCCAAGUAUAGGAAACCCUUGAUAGCUGUGUCUAUUUUAUAUCAGUCACUAAGACAUUUUUUAAGUUUUUAUUUAUUAUUAAAACUUUGCCAAAAAUGUCCCCUAAGCACAACUAUUUACAUUUCUUUAUAGCCUCUUCUGAUCUCUAACAUAUAUAUGCAGUUUUAACUGUUAUUGUCAUAGUAACUGAUCUUUUGUCUUAGGAUUUUUAUCUAAAAGCACAAUGCAUUAUUAAGAGUCUCUUGAAAAUAAUUCAGAUCUUUUUUACAGAAAUGAACUUAUGCACUGCUACUGUAGUGUUCUCAAGGAAUAUAUGUAAACAUAAAUGUAUGCCUGGGGUUGGUUUUUGCAGGAAACAAUACUCUGCUUCUAAAAACUUGUGUUGAGUCUUUCAUAGGAAAUACUCAUUGUUUAACCACUGGGGGAGCAUAAAUCAUUAAAUGGAUCAUGUAUGUACAUUGUGUAAUGACUGAAAAGCACAUAAAUGUGAUCUUUCAAUUUGUGAAUUACGUUUGGAGGCUCUCUUUGUUUCUCUAUCCAUCUCAAGUCCUUGGUGUGUGUGCACAUGUGUGUAAGUACACACACAUAUGUAUGUGUUUGAUACACAUUGUAAAGAACAGAAAUUACUUUAAAAAAUAAAAGAAAAUGGAGACCUGGGUUUCA